UUAACGUAACUUGGAAUAUUUGGGCAUGUUCUCAAAAAAAAAAACGAGUGGCUAAUAAUACCAUUUAAUUAUUCCAGAAAUUACCAAUUAAGUCAAACUAUUAAGUGGUUAGGUCAUUUUCAAAAGUUCCACGAAAUUAAUAAUAAAUUUAUCAAUUAGCUCACCGCAUUCACUGCUCUGUGGUUUCAAUUCGUCUUAUAAACGUAGAAACAUACAAGUUGGCAGUCUGCUAUAUUCCUUCGAGGCAGUUAGACGUACAUCAUGAAGAUCACACUCUUACUCCUGGCUGCGUGCUGCGCGCUGGCGCUGGCGACACCGAUUCAGACACAACGGGAGAAGCAGGAUGUGCUGGUUAACCGGCCGCGCUUCGACGCGCUCGGGACAAAGCAGAAGCGGGACAUGAUCGGGGGUGUUAAGGGGGGAAUGCCUCCUAGACCUAUACCUUUAGAGUACCAAGUGACGAAGGGUGAAUACGUGUGCGGCGACAAAAUCUGCAAACUGACGCCCGGAGUCGAACCCCCGGGCUGCAACGGAAUGUGCCAAUACCCUUUAUAAGCCUUAAUAAAGUAUGUUUAUAAUAUACAAACGA